AGCAAGUGGUUAAUAAGAGUCAUAUAGAGAUAGAGAGAGUAGUAAAGUACCAUAACAUAUAUAUGGACCUGAAUAGACUUAUCCUUACAUCUACCACUGCAUUAGUCUUGCAAUCUCCUCCACCCAAUCUAUAAUCCAAAAAUCCAAAACCAAAACACAUCUUUAUUUUUAAUCUUUUUGGGUAUUUUUUUCUUCUUCUUCUUUUUUUUUUUGCUAAAAAAUCCUUACCACCUCAUAAAAAUUCAAACUUUUCUUCUUGUAUAUCAUCAUCAUCAUCAUCUUCUUCUUUAGUUUCUUUUUUCUCUAAUAUUUCCAACCAUGGCAGCUGCAGUAACUGCUGCUGUUUCAUUCCCAUCUUCAAAAUCCACUUCUCUUCCCACCAGGACUUCCAUUAUCACACCAGACAGAAUCACUUUGAAAAAGGCUACUUUUUACAGAGAUGCAUCAGCUGUUAGUGGAAGAGUGGUUUCAAUCAGAGCCCAGGUGACCACAGAAGCUCCUGCUACUAAGGUUGAGAAAGUUUCAAAGAAAGAUGAAGAAGGUGUUGUUGUAAACAAGUUCAAACCCAAAAAUCCUUACACUGGUAGAUGUCUUCUCAACACUAAGAUCACUGGUGAUGAUGCCCCUGGAGAGACUUGGCAUAUGGUUUUCAGCACUGAAGGUGAGGUCCCAUACAGAGAAGGACAAUCAAUUGGAGUGAUUGCAGAUGGUGAAGACAAGAAUGGAAAGCCUCACAAGCUGAGGUUAUACUCAAUUGCCAGCAGUGCUCUUGGUGACUUUGGAGACACAAAAACUGUUUCUCUAUGUGUGAAAAGGCUUGUGUACACAAAUGAACAAGGAGAAAUUGUUAAGGGAGUUUGCUCUAACUUCUUAUGUGAUUUGAAGCCUGGUGCUGAAGUAAAAAUUACUGGACCUGUUGGAAAAGAGAUGCUUAUGCCUAAAGAUCCUAAUGCCACCAUCAUCAUGCUUGCAACCGGAACUGGAAUCGCGCCAUUCCGAUCAUUCUUGUGGAAGAUGUUCUUCGAGAAGCAUGAAAACUACAAGUUCAAUGGUUUGGCAUGGCUUUUCUUGGGUGUUCCCACAAGCAGCUCACUUCUAUACAAAGAGGAAUUUGAGAAAAUGAAAGAGAAGGCUCCAGAGAAUUUCAGGCUCGAUUUCGCGGUGAGCCGAGAGCAAACAAAUGAGAAAGGAGAGAAAAUGUACAUCCAAACCAGAAUGGCUGAAUAUGCAGAAGAGUUAUGGCAAUUACUACAAAAAGACAACACUUUUGUGUACAUGUGUGGACUCAAGGGAAUGGAAAAGGGUAUUGAUGAGAUUAUGAGUCCAUUGGCUGCUAAAGAUGGCAUUGAAUGGAUUGAUUACAAGAAGCAGCUGAAGAAGGCAGAGCAAUGGAAUGUGGAAGUGUACUAAUUCCUCUUUACAAUUGUUGUACAAAUAUCUCUCCUUUCUUCUUUAUUUUCUUCAUAAGGGUUUCAGUUUCCACUGCAUUGGUGUAGAUAGGUAAUGCCCUUGUAAUUCCUCUCUGUUUUUUUUUUGGGUCUUUUUUUUUUUAUCUUAAUUAAAAAUGAUGCAGUUGUAUUGUUAUGGCCUCAAUAUGAAUUUUCUUUAUGAGGAACCAUGGGAGAGUACACUAUAUAAGAAGCCAAUUUCUACAUCUUCA